AUGCCCUAUCUUCAGUGGUCAACAGAUAAAUAUAUUCGUAUAUUUGUUUUAACUAGUAUUAUGUUUAUAACUUUAGUUGGGAAUAUUUAUAUUAUAUUUAAAUUAAUUUUUCAUCAUCAUCGUACUCGUUUACAGUUAUUUAUACUAAAUUUGGCUAUUGGAGAUUUAACUAUAUGUUUUUGCACGAUGACGUCAGAACUAUUUCUUCUUAUCUAUGAUCAAGAAUGGAUAUUAGGAAAUAUUGCAUGCAAAUUAACAUUGUAUAUUCAAGUUGUGACACUUGCAUCAACGACAUUUAUUAAUGUUGCUAUGACUUAUGACCGGUAA